AAUCAACCCUCGACCACCACCUGAGACUCAGAUUGGUUUUCUUUCUUUCGCCAAUGGCUCCAACACUUCAUGCUCAUAUUCAUCGUCCUUUGCUUCUUCUUCUUCUUGUCCUUGUUAUGGUCUCCCAUAUUCCUUCUGCAAUUUCUCAAGCUUUUCACAACGUAACUGUGGGUUUUUAUCUCGUUGCCACUAAUGACAGCUUCCCUUGGCCCACUUCACCAUCUGGAGAUUUUGCAUUCGGAUUCCGCAGCCUUCCAGGUCAAGAAGACCAGUUCCUUCUCGCAAUCUGGUUCGCUAAGAUACCAGACAAAACCAUUGUUUGGUCUGCAAACAGAGAUCACCCAGCAGACCGAGAUUCAAUCGUGAAGCUAACCACCGCCGGACAGCUUGUGCUCACAAAAUCAGAUGGGUUGUACUUGUGGGGUUCCGACAACAGAGGAAAUGAGCCUGUAUCACACGGGGCCAUGCUCGACACUGGAAACUUGGUGAUAAUGAGCACAAACUCAAGCAUCAUAUGGGAGAGCUUCAAGAAUCCGACCAACACCAUUUUACCAGCCCAAGUAUUCGGUGUUGGGAACAGCCUUUUGUCUAGUCGAUCCGAAAGUAAUUACCAGCAGGGUAAAUUUCAGCUCCGUUUAACUGAUAAUUAUGAUCUGAUGCUUAAUCAAAUCGAUGUAUAUACCAAAAACCCUUACGGCGCUUACUAUAGAGAUCAGAACGUUUCAGAGCUGAUAUUGGACAAGUCAGGCUAUCUACAAAUCAGGAGCUCGCCAAGUGGAAAUAUAUCAAACCUUACAUCAGAGAGCGCGGUCAAUGGGGAAGAUUCAUACUACAGGGUAACACUCGAUUUUGAUGGAGUUCUCCGACUCUAUGCUCACCCAAAGAAAUUCAAUAAUAGCAACCAAAGCUGGUCCACUGUCAGGUUUGUUCCUGAAAACGUCUGCCUCAACAUUUUUGACACUUUUGGAAGUGGCCCUUGUGGGUAUAACAGUAUCUGUGCAUUGGCUCCAUAUAGUAAGAUAAAUUGCCAAUGCGCCCCUGGGUUUUCUCUCAAGGAUGUAAACGACAAGUAUGGUGGCUGCAAACCAGACAAUAUAAGCUAUAUGCAGGAAUGUGACCAGAAGGGAUAUGUGAUUGCAGAGGAAUACUAUGAAUUAUUGGAGAUGGAGUUCGUGGAUUGGCCUUUAGCUGACUACGACCUGCUGCAACCUACAACAGAAUAUGAAUGCAGGACAUCUUGCCUGCGUGAUUGUUUUUGUGCAGUCGCCAUUUUCCAGGACCCAAAGUAUAAUGAUGGUAUAGGAAGAUGUUGGAAGAAGAAAUUACCGCUUUCUAACGGCAGAUUGAACAGGAGUACCAUCGACAGAAAAGCUUUGUUCAAGACAAUGAAAUCAGAAUAUAAUAGCUUUUCCCAGAAUCCGAAUCGUCCGAAUCCCGGCAGAGGAAAGCAGAAUAAAGAAAUAUUGACCCUCACUGUACUCCUAGGCGCAUCUGUAUUUUUUAACUUCUUUUCUUUAGCUUCAAUUUUUCUAGUUGUCUGUUGCUUGUGGAAACGAAAACUACCAAACUUCUACAGUGUCUUAAACACAAAAGACCCAGAGAUGAAUUUACGUUCUUUUACAUACAAAGAUCUUGAAGAAGCCACUGAUGGGUUCAAAGAAGAAUUGGGUAGGGGUUCUUUUGGCAAUGUUUACAAAGGGGUAUUAGUAUCGAGUUACAGCAAAAAAGUUGCAGUCAAGAAAUUAGACAAAGUUUUGAAGGAUGGAGAGAAGGAGUUCAAAACUGAGGUGACUGUGAUCGGCCAAACUCACCAUAAGAAUCUGGUCCGGUUGCUUGGCUACUGUGACGAAGGUGAACACCGACUUUUGGUGUACGAGCUUAUGUACAAUGGCUCGUUGUCGAGUUUUCUCUUUGGGGUGUUAAGACCAAGUUGGCAACGAAGAAUUCAGAUUGCAUCAGGAAUUGCUAAAGGUCUUGUGUACUUGCAUGAAGAAUGCAGCACGCAAAUCAUUCACUGCGACAUAAAGCCUCAAAACAUACUCUUGGACGAUUCUUUUACGCCCAAAAUUUCAGACUUCGGAUUGGCAAAGCUAUUGAUGAACCACCAGACUCGCACUGUCACCGGAAUCAGGGGGACUAAAGGGUAUGUUGCACCAGAGUGGUUCAGGAACACACCUGUCACUGUAAAGGUGGAUGUCUAUAGUUUUGGAGUCAUGCUGUUGGAGAUCAUUUGCUGCAGAAGAUGUGUGGAAAUUGAGAUGGAGAAGGCGGCAAUACUAAUCGAAUGGGCUUACGAAUGCUAUAGCAAAGGGAAGUUGGAGAAAUUGGUGGAAAAUGAUGAAGAGGCUUUGAGUGAUCUGAAGCAGGUGCAGAAGUUGGUGAAAGUGGCAAUUUGGUGUGUUCAGGAUCUGCCAUCAAUGAGGCCAUCCAUGAGAGAAGUCACUCAUAUGCUAGAAGGCAUUCUUGAGGUUUCUGCACCUCCAUGUUCUUUCCUCUACAGCUCAAUGUCCGGAUCCGAUCGUUAGUCAUCCUAGGCAGGCAGGAUUUUCAGCUAAUACAGAUAUAAUAUCUAUCAAGUAUUAUUGUUUGUAAUCCUUGAAUUAUUUAGCUUCUACUUCUCAGAUUCCAUAACUGUUCUGUCAAAUAAUCGGCAGUAAGAGUUGAAUCACUUACAGAGUUGUGGUUAUUCCAUGUAGAUUAAAAAGACUAUGUUUUAGGUAGGAAUUUGAUAAUUGUGUUCUGAUAUAGAUUUGAAUUU